AUGCAGGCAAUGGAUCCUCAAGCCAUGGCAGACGGCGUCCAUCAUCAAGCCUACGACGGGGGCCUCGCAAUGCAAGUCGUCUCAGAGGAAUCGGAACCUCCUGAAUCCCAACAGCCCUACAGCCCCCUCAACAUCCACGAUCUGCUGCCGAUCGAGGCUGCGCGCGUGCGCUUCCUGCACCUGAUCAUCGACCACUUUGUGACGUACCACAUCGUCCCCAUCUCUGAGGAAUCACAGCUCGCAGCAUCGCACUCCCCAGGGGAGAGGAGGAAGCGCAGAGCGAGAGAGAUGGAGGACGGGCAGCCGCCAGUGGAGCAGCAGGUGAUCCGGCCGUCAUACGAGGGGGACCCGCGGCAUCUGCUGCCGCUCAUCUUCCUGGCGAACGCGUAUGAGACGCUGGUGGGCGAGGUGAACGGGCGCAUGGCGGAGAUGGACGUGCUGCGCGGCAAGACCAUGGGGCUCGCGCUUGAGGCUGCUGGAGGAUUGUAUCGCCGCAUGGUCGAGAAAUUCCCCAAGUCCGGAGUCAGGGAGAUGACAUCAGCACUAGAAGCCAGUGGGCGCUUCCCCCAGCUGGUGCUGGGGUGGAACGACGCGGUUUAUCGUACAAUUUCCAUGUCAUGGCGAAGGGAGAUGGCGUCUGCACUGGAGGCUAGGGCGCGCUUCCCCCAGCUGGUGCUGGGGCGGGACGACAAGCGCGUGCGGUUCAUUGUGGUGCACGGGCUGGAGCUCGUGGAACGACCCUCCACCAUGUCACCUGACGAUGCUGAGUGGUUCAAGAGGAUAACCGGGCGGCAUGAGGUGGCAAUAUACCCGCGGGACUUCAAGUACUUCACGCCGCGGCCCAAACCCCGGAGGGUGCCUCAGCCGUCCGUGUCUGCUGUUUCUGUGGCGAACCCGGCUGAACUCGCUGCUCCCAUGCACCACAUGGUAAGGGCGGGAACUAAAGAGGGGAAGGGGGGCGGAGCGGUGGGGGAAGGGACCGAGAGGGUGCCUCAGGCGUCCGUGUCUGCUGUUUCUGUGGCGAACCCAGCUGAACUCGCUGCUCCCAUGCACCAUAUGGUAAGUAAGGAUGGUGGGAGCAUGGGGGGAAAGGGAGGAGAUGAUUCAGAGGGGUUUAGAUGGAAUUGGGCGAGGAGGGUAGAGGGGCGAGGUGAUUUUGACGUGCCUCUGAGCUCACUGCUGCUGUGGGCAUGA